AAGACCAUCAUAACACAUCAUUCAAUUGAAAACAAACCUUCCUGUUUCUCUAUUGCUACUACUUUUAAACAUAAUCAAAAGAGAGAAAGAGCGAGAUUGUUGAUCUUAAGUUAUUAAGAUGGAGGAAAUAAGGAAGAGAGAUUGUAUGGAGAAGGCAAGACCAUUCAUUUCAGUAGUAUUGCUGCAAGUAGGGUUAGCAGGAAUGGACAUUCUCUCAAAAGCUGUCCUAAACAAAGGCAUGAGCAAUUACGUCCUUGUUGUUUACCGUCAUGCGGUUGCUACCGUGGUUAUGGCCCCUUUCGCCUUCUAUUUCGACAAGAAGGUGAGACCAAAGAUGACGUGGAUGAUAUUUGGCAAGAUAACACUUCUUGGAUUACUCGAGCCAGUGAUCGAUCAGAACUUAUACUACUUAGGGAUGAAAUACACGACGGCUACAUUUGCAACCGCCAUGUACAAUGUCCUACCUGCAAUCACGUUCGUCCUUGCCUAUUUAUUUGGGCUUGAAAGAGUGAACCUACGUUGCAUCAGGAGCGCGGGUAAGAUAAUUGGGACAUUGGCUACAGUAGGAGGAGCUAUGAUCAUGACUCUUGUAAAAGGCCCGGUUCUUGACCUUUUCUGGACCAAAGGAGUCUCUGCACCAAACACAACUGGGACUGAUAUUCACAGUGCCAUCAAAGGCGCAGUUCUGGUCACUAUUGGUUGUUUCAGCUAUGCAUGUUUCAUGAUUCUCCAAGUAAAGGCUGUCACGUUGAGGACUUACCAAGCAGAACUGUCACUCACAGCUUGGAUAUGCCUAAUGGGAACAAUAGAAGGAACAGCCGUGGCACUAGUGAUGGAGAAAGGAAACCCUGGCGCGUGGGCCAUUGGUUGGGACACUGAACUUCUUACGGCCGCAUACAGUGGGAUAGUUUGCUCAGCAAUCGCUUACUAUGUUGGAGGAAUGGUGAUGAAAACUAGAGGUCCAGUGUUUGUAACAGCUUUUAGUCCUCUCUGCAUGAUCAUAGUGGCGAUUAUGUCGACCGUCAUCUUUGCUGAGCAGAUGUACUUGGGAAGGGUUCUUGGUGCGGUGGUUAUAUGUGCAGGACUCUACCUUGUGAUAUGGGGCAAAGGCAAAGAUAUUGAAUAUCCUUCCACGCCACAAGUAGGUGAUGAAUCAACACAACCAAAAUUGGAACUAAGCAGAAACGUGAAGGAUAGUGUUGGUCAUGAAGCCAUUACAAUCAACAAUCAAGGAGAGCAAAGAAGAACGUUUGUAGAAACAGUCUAACUGUACUAUAUGGUGACACAGAUGUUUUGCUUGGAGGAGUUAGAACGCUCACCAGUUUCAGAUGGUAUCCACUAUGUUUCCAGAUCAAUUGUAGAAUAGAAUUUGCUAACUACCAUGGGAGGAAAAUAAUUGUCAUAGAGUUGGAAAAAAAAAUGAUGGAACUAUUGGAUUCAUGCAAUAGACAAUGAAAAAUAUGAUUUGUUACA